GCGAAACCAACAGGUUACAAUAUCAUAUCACGCUUGAAUCGUAGCAUCUAUGAUUAAGAUAAAAAUGUCUAAUAAUAAUUAAUCACAGCAUAGUAUACCAUAUAAGGUAGGUAUAUGCUGUGCUAAUCAUAGUAUGUAGGUAAUCUACGAAUCGCAAUGCAUAUACAUUAUUAUUUUGAUAACAGGCGUGUACUUAUAUAGAUUAUUUAAUCUUUAUUAAACUUUUCCCAAGUUUAAUCUUAUCUAUUAUGUAUUUGCUGCUGCAAUGGCAGAUUGUGUAUUUUGUGAAAUUAUUUCCGGAAAAGCAGAAGCGACCAUAUUAUUUGAAAGUAACGAGAUCAUUAUUUUCAAGGAUAUAAAACCAGCUUCUAAAUAUCAUUUGCAAGUCGUGCCUAAGAAACAUAUACGUAAUAUUCAUUAUUUGAAACCUAAGGAUAAAGAUUUUGUGGAAGAAAUGUUCGUACUCAGCAGAUACAUUCUUGAACUUAAUGGAGGAGACUGUAAUGAUGCUAGAAUAGGUUUUCAUUGUCCACCAUAUACAAGCGUAAAUCAUCUACAUCUCCAUGUAAUAUCUCCCGAAUCUAAGAUGGGUGCCUAUCAACGAAGUAGGUUUGAAUCUCCUAAAUUUAAAUUGGUGCAGGACGUUAUAUCGCGACUUAGUAAAUAAUAAAUAUAAUGGAAUAAACAAUACUGCCGAAUUAUUUGACGAAAAUGGAUCACAGGUGCUUCAGUAAAAGAAUUGUAAAACAUACAGCUUUAUUUAAUUCUAUAUAAUACAAUAAGUAUAUUUAAAUU